CAAAGACGGGAUUGUAAAUGAAGUGAACACAUGCAUUAUCUGUUGAUACAUAGUAUUAUAUGUUCGUUAACACCAAAUAUGUAGAAAAAACAUUGCAUUUAUUUUGUCAUUUCAACUGUUAUAUGGACCAAGUUUCACAACCCUAAUAUGUCAUUAAUUAUUAUCUAAUCUGCGCGAAUUAUUUUAUACUCAGAAGUACAAUAAACAUCAAUCAAAAUGAUGAAUUUUCGAAGUAAAAAAUCUAUCGAUUUUGUGGCAGCUUCUAAAAAUUUUGAGGAAAGCGUUAAUCAAACCAAAAGAAUUCACGAUAGUUGGUUUAGAAGAUAUGGAUGGCUGCUCAAUGAAUACGAACAGAUUCUUGAAGAAGGAAAAGAACUAUGCAGAGAACGAAAAGGAGAACUGAAAAUUCCAGAAUCCAAAAAGAAUGAGAGAACUUGUCUACCUUAUCCUGAAACAACUAGUGGUCAAGUAGGUGGGAAUGUCGAAUCUGAAUAUAUCAAGCUAAUAUUGCAUUAUUUACAACAGUGUUCAUCAAAACAGUUAUCAAAUUACUCUACUGUUUCCUACAUGCAAGGUUUUGUGGAAUACUACAAAAGUGACUGCAUAAUGAACUGACUUUAAUUAUAGUGUCUAUGGUAAAUGGUAUCCUAACUUGUAGAACUCAAACCAAAUAUCAUGGACACCAUUUUCGUGCAUUUCGAUGAUUGUGAUUUAUGAAUGUAUAAUUUCGAAAAAUUUUCAUCGGAUCAAUGUAGUAAACAUUUACGACUUGAUGUUUAAUACUGUCGUUUUA